AAAAUGUCUUUACUUACUUUGAAUAAAUUGAAAAAGAAAAUAUCUGUAAAAAAAAUUGGUGAAUCACGAAAAAAGAUUAAUCGAUUUGAUGGAUUAACAGAAGAAGAAGUACAAAAGCAUACUUUACCAGAUUAUCUUGAUAUAAACCUAGAUAUCGUUUUCAUUGGCAUAAAUCCAGGUUUAAUGGCAGCUUACCGUGGUAGAUAUUAUGCUGGUCCAGGCAAUCACUUUUAUAAACUCUUGCAUGAAUCAGGCUUGACAUCCCGAUGUUUAACAUAUGAAGAAGAUUACAAAUUACUUCGAUACAAAAUUGGUUUAACAAAUAUAGUUGCUCGUGCUACAAAAUCUUCUGCUGAUUUAAAAAAUAUAGAAAUCAAAGAAGGUUCUAGAAUCAUAGAAGAAAAACUGAAAUUUUACAAGCCAAAGAUAGCUGUUUUUAAUGGCAAAUGUAUUUAUAAGAUAUUUGCAAAUAAAGUUGAUAAUUUUACUUUUGGGUUACAACCAGAACGUAUAAAUGAAACUGCAAUUUGGGUCACUCCGUCAAGCAGUGCUCGUUGUGCAAAUUUUCCAAGAAUGACAGAUAAAUUACAUUUCUUUACUUCUUUAAAGAAAUAUUUACAAUUUUUAAAGGGAGAAAUCAAAAACAUUAAUAUAGAAGAAGUUUUAUUUGAAGGAAAAUGUAAACAAUUUAUUCCUCAAACAUCAAAAAUGUGGCGGCGAAAAAAUAUGUCUGCAUUUUUACAUGGAGGAAGAAUUGCAAAUAAAGAUACUGUAUGUUUUGAUACUUCUGAUGAAAAUGUGGCUAUAGCUCGUAGCACAGAAUUCAUUGUAAAAAAACUUCAAUCUAAUGAAAAUGACAAAAUUGAUAAAGUAUUAGGAACAAAUGAAUUUGAUUUAUCAAUAAAUUUUGAAUGUAUUUCUCAGGAUAUAAAAACAUUUUUUGAAAAUGAUGAAUCUAUACAAAGAGAAUAUUCACAAACUGUAAGUGAUAUACAGAUAGGUACAAAUCAAACUAUAACCAAUACUUCAGAUAAAUCUAAACAUUACUUAAACACUGAAAAAGGAAAAAGCAUUAAAAAAUUUUCUCAGAACUCAGAACUAGUAAAAAGUGAGGAUUUUGAAAACAACACCCAUAUAGAUUUUAUAAAUUUAAUAAAACAAAGACUGGUAAAAAAAUAG